GAGGCAGAGAGGGAGGAGGCCACAGGCUGCCCCGCUCACCACUUCGAGAGGAAAGAUUGAGAGAGGAGGGGUGAGAGAAGAAAAAGGGGAGUAUCCCGUCUUCUCUGCCCUUCUGAGCCACUGCAGCCCCCCUCCCCCUCCCUCUCUCUUUGAUUCUCUUUCUCUCUCUUUCCCCUUACUCAUCUGUUUCUGUGGCUGUGCUGAGAGGAAGGGCACCUGCCGCUCCCUGAUGAUUCAGCCUUUCAGCUACUUGGAGCUCCACAGACAAGACAGCAUGUCCCUCCUGCCACUGCAGUGCCUGGCCGUCCUGUCCUCUGUCUGCACUACAGCUACUGCAGCUGGCCCAGCACGUCGACACCGCCUCUUCUGCCCAAGCGCUCAGCCAGUUUGACGAUUCUAUGUAUAGACUGAUUGCCUUUUUCUGUGAGAAAGCAUGAGUAAGGAACUCCUUUCCCUCGUGCGCAGAAGGUUGUCUACAGAAGUCCCAGGCUGUUAACAAGGUGCGACUCACUCUGAAGAGCAUUUGUACUUUCCUCUGAAAUCCCAGCUCUGACUCUGCAGCAUCAUAAUGGAAACCAUACUCGAGGAGACUGGUGGCAGACAGCCACUGUGCGAUGCUCUGAGUUAAUAGUUGAGGUGUUCAGAGAGCCUUCAUCCAGCAGUUGGAAAGGAUGACUGAGGGAAUGGACGACAUCUCUGCAGGACCAGCUCCCCCCCCUGGAUCGGCCUCCCCCACCAGCUCUACUGUUGAUACCGGACAAGUCCCUGAGGAGAAACCAGAGGAGACAGUGGCAGCUGGCGAGAGUGGGGAGGAGGGUGCAGAGGGAGGUGGUGGUGGUGAUGGGGAGCAUUUGGGGGCUUUGGGAAUUGUGGCCUUGCCAGGGACCUGCUGUGUGUGCAUAGAGAUGGAACAGAUUAACCAUUGCCUGCACUCUGAGAAAAUCUGCAUUCUUCCCAUCCUGGCCUGUCUGCUUAGUUUAGCCCUCUGCACAGCUGGCCUCAAAUGGGUCUUUGUGGAUAAGAUCUUUGAGUACGAACCACCCACACACCUAGAUCCUAAACGCAUCGAACAGAACCCAAUUAUCAUAUCAGUUUCCCCGACGCUGGGACUGACUGUGUCGAUUCCUCAUUCAUCCCCGUCGAUUGUCUCCUUGACCACCGCCGUUACCCCAGGACGUCCUGACGUUUUCGUAGAAGAGAAAUCGACACGAGGGUCGUACAUGCCUCAGUCUCCACGAGUGACUCAGCCUGAUCCCUCCGUUACACUGAAAUACAACGCUGAACUUCCCACCGUCCCAAAGCAGACUCCCCACCCUCAGACAACACAGGAAUUAAACGACAUCAUCAUCCCAACAAUCUCUGCCACCAGCACCACCACUACAGCCAAGACCUCCAGUCACGUGACACGCUGCAGCGACAACCAGAGGAACUACUGCGUUAAUGGAGGGGAGUGCUUCACCCUUGAAAUCAUGCCAGGCAGCACAAAGUUUCUUUGCAGGUGUCCAAAUGAAUUUACUGGUGAUCGCUGCCAAAACUAUGUAAUGGCCAGCUUUUACAAACAUCUUGGGAUUGAAUUUAUGGAAGCUGAGGAGCUGUAUCAGAAACGUAUUUUAACAAUAACAGGAAUCUGCAUUGCACUCCUAGUCGUUGGAAUCAUGUGUGUGGUUGCCUACUGCAAAACAAAGAAGCAGAGGAAGAAGCUCCAUGACCGUCUGAGGCAGAGCCUGAGGAAAAAGAGGAAAAAUACCAAUACUGGUAUUGGCCCCAAUCUGGCAAGCUCAGCCAGAGGACGUCAGAUUUCUAACUUGCCUCUUCAAGAUUUGCAGCUUAUCAAUCAAUGUAAUGGGACGACUAUACAGCAUGCAUCUGAGAUGGAGACAGAAACAAACUUCUCAACAAGCAAAAGUGCUUUAACUGCGCAUGAACCCACCACAUUCACCCACAUCUCUAGCCAAAGGUAUGCAUCUGCCAUGACGAACCCGACACAGCUGUCUCCGGUGUCCUGCACUUCUCCUGCAACUCCAGGGUCUCCUCCAUCAGAGAUGUCCGCCCCCCUGUCCAGCCUGGCCAUCUCUGUCCCCUCGGUGGCUCUAAGCCCCUCCGGCGAGGAAGAGCGCCCCCUGCUGUUGUCAAACUCACAUCAGCCAUGCAAGUCUUCAAACCGAGAUGAACAGAAGAGGAUCUCGGCCCACUACAACCAUGGCCAUGUGGCACACAGCUUACCGCCUAGCCCGCUGUUUCCUAAUGGGAAUGGUUACUACCAAAGCAUAGGUGACCAUGACACCACAGCUGGCAGCCAGAUGUUCUCAGCAUCACCUGAGAAGCUUCUACGCAACAACAUCAACAACUGCAGCACCAAACGAGUCCCCAACGGCCAUGUGGUGCGUAAUGCGGAGUCCAGUGGUGACAGCAUGCUAGUGAGCGAAACAGAUGCGCCUCAAGGGGACCACACACCCUUCUUUACUACAGAGAGCACUGCAAGCCUGCUGCUCGGGGCUUUGGACAGCAGCAGGACUAACCCAGCAUCUCUAAAUGAUGACCUGCAAGACAAGUCAUGCAGUUCCAUCACCACCACCAAACUAAAUCCAGUUGCUGUGUAAAGUAAAAAAAAAAGAAAAAGGAAUUGCUGAGAAUCCUUUAUGUUGAGGGGAAAAAAGGGAAUAGUCACUAUUAAACUUUUAUUUUCUAUAAAUUAUUUGCUGUGUAAAGACUUUAAAGAUAAAUGAAAAAUGACACUUUUAUUUUAGUGAUGUAGCAAAUAAAGAGUUUUAUAAAAAAAACACAUACAUUUACAAAUGUGUUCAUGUCUUGUAGGUAAAGUGCCAUACACUAGUAUGUAGCAACAGUUCACGGUAUAUUUCAGUGCAGAAAAAAUAUCAACGGUGCCUUUCUGUUUAGUAUGCUUAAGGGAUCUGAAACAUUGCAUACUGGGCCAUAUAUUCACCAUCUUAAUCUUCCAGUUAACAAUCAAAACUAACUUGCUGGCUGCUUUUAACAUCCUGGAGUUGGAAGUGCCCACUGACACGUCAGUUUGAUAUGAGAUUUAUACGAGGUGCAUGCUACAUCCUUGAAAGCUGUGAUGGAAUAAUGAGCAGUUUGUGUGGUUUCCAUUCCAGCCAUUUGACCUGAUACUGAACUUCAACACCUGGACUCAUGUGUAUGACUAGACGAUUGAUCAGCUUAUUACCUGCAUUUGAUGAGUAAUGGAAAAGAUUUUAGAAAUCAUAAAGGUUUUAUUCAUCGCCAUCUAAUUCAGAAUCCUGCUGGUGAACAAAUAUUGUAACUGUUAGAUAAACGUGCAUUCACUAAAGUCUGGCUCUGUAGUGUUACUAAUACUGUCAGUUAUAUGUCUAACAUAACCCCCAUAGAGUUUUCUUUUUAGUAAAUUCAAUAUUGGGAUUUGAUUUACCUAUUACAAGUUUACUAAUUCUAUGUUAAAGGGUACUGCUCUGGUGUUGUAUUGCACUUACAUAGCUCACAAAGGACAAUGCCGGUUCCCAUCUGGACCGAGGCUCAGUCCUUGCCGCAGUGGCCACGCUGGAUUCCCACCUGUCAUUCCCCCUCUAUCCACCCUUUCAAGUCGUAAGCUGUCCUAUCAAAUAAAGGCCUAAAAUGCCCAAAAAACAAUCUUUAAACAAAGACCCAAAAAAAAACAAGAAAAAAAAAAUGGUCAUUAAAACAUCAGAGGCCUAAAUAUCCUGACUGUAACUCCCGAGAAUGAGUCAAGCUCAACGCUGGAUCCUACAUUUACCAUACUGCUUAAAGUAUCUUUUUUUUAAAGUAAAGUUUCAUUUCUUUCUAUAGUUACAUCUUCACAGAGUGCAAACUGACUCAGAUAAAGUGGUGCCAUCAAAGAAAACUACUAGCAUUAAGAACAGCAAUGCUCUAUUUCUUCAAGAGACCACUCAUACUUGUGCCCUCCGCCACCAGUAUGAUAUUACUACAGAAGAGGAUAAGGGCCAAUGUGAAAAAUGUAUUUCAGUUCUAAAUUUAAAGUCACAAUUCUGACUUAAUUCUCAGGAUUGUGAAUAAAAAGUUCUAAAUUAGAAUUCAGACUUUUUUUCUCGGAAUUCUAAAUUUAAUCUCAGAACUCAAACAUUUUUCACAUUUGGCCCUAAUUCUCUUUCAUAGAUUACUGAUCACAUUUUUAAAUGCAGAAAUAUCUACAGUGUGUACUGAAUAUAUGGCUCAUUUUGUCCUUCUUAAAGACAUCCAUGUGGUCCUGAGCAAUGCAUUUUGGGGAAUUAGGAAAUAUGCUGAUGGUUACCUGCUUUAAUUUGUUCAGUCAUAUCUCUGGUAUGAUAGACAUUUAUUUUCUAAAUUCAACUUGUUACAAUUUCCCAAAGAAUAAAUGAAUACACGCAGUAUGCAUUUAUUUUUUCAACUAACCCAGCUUGUGUUCACGUGCAGUCUCAUUGUAUGUGUGAUUUAAACAAAUGUCUGCUAACAUGAACAUAAGUUUAUGAAAUCUGCCAAAGACUGUCACCUGUUAUGAAAAGUACAUAAAAAUAACAAUUUUUGGUCUCUGUAAUCAACCAUAGUUUCUUAUACGUAUGUAGAAUCAGCAUAUGAGUAAGUAUGAUGACAAAGACGUGCUGCUCCAUGAUUUGUGUUUUAAUGGUGGCCAUUCUUCUGUAUUUUAUGGUAACAUUAAGAUUAUUAUUUUUUUUUUUUGGUGAUUCUUGUUCAUUACAAGCAUUAAUUACUGAUUUAUUUAUAUUUUAACAAACAUGAUUUUACAGAUGUAAAAUAUAUAUAGCCAUUAGUCACAUGGUUACUAGUACAAAAUAGAAAAUAAGUACUUGCAUAUUUUGUCACUUGUAUGCUUAACAUAACUCACAAUGCAUUGCUUUUAGGUCUAGGAGUGUCUUCAAAUGAUGUAAAUACACCAUGGAAACCUUCAGCGCUGUUAUUUCUUAUUAAAUAUUAAAUCAGUUCUAUGUUUUGUGCCUCACAGUGUCAA